CCGACUUUCUUCGUCCAUCCUACGCUCGUCCCAGGCAGGUCCGGGGGUUUAGCAGAAAGCAGGCUCAAUUCAUCUGUUAUAUCCUCCACGGCCGCCAGGAUUGCCACGGUCGCCCUGGAGAUCUGUACCGGCUACUGAUUGCUGUGAUCCAAUCACUGUCUGACAUACACUCCCUUAUACAUAUCCCUCACAGCCCGGACUUGCACCUUCUGCGCUUUCUCCUUCUUGACCUCUUCCUUCGUUUUCCCGGCUGCCUAAGCUGCCGCGGCUUGCCUGCCGCCUAUCUCACCUUUCCAGCUGCAAGACAGCGGUUUCCCGACCUCCUCCGUUCUCUCGUCCAACUCUACUCUCGUACAGUCUGCGCUAAUGUCCCAUCUCACCGCGCCCAUGCCUCACCAGGGGCCGCAAGCUCCCAAGCCAUAUUUAUACGACCUCCCGCGCCCAGCUCAUCCUCUCACCCCGCCGGACACAGACUACGAGACGCCUUCGAACCAGGUUCCCCCUGCGCCGAACAUGACUGGACUGGAGAUGGACCCCUUGCCUCAUAUGCCAUCAGGGCUCGACUCCCCCUACGCAUCGCCCUACGGAUCCCUCCACAGGAAGAAGCCUUCAGUGACUUACGUCCAUUCGGGCCUCCGUGAGGCAAGAGAGCGAGUCGUGCAAAGGGGUCUCAGGUGGUUGGUCGUCGUGGUGCCUCCUGCCUCGUUCGCUAGGGAACACGGACACCUGGGACACACACUUUCAUCCGGCCCCUCCCGUCGCCUGUCAAAUGGGUUGCUCAUGCCCUUGUAUCCCAGUUUAUCAAGUCAGCUUGGCGCUAUCGCGCGUGAAUUCAGCUUUCCCAGCAUCUCAGGAUUGUGUGUUUACCUGCACACGAGUCAUGGCGGUAUCUCCCUGACACCACGCGUAUCGGACGACUCUUGGCCCAUGCUCUGGAGCCAUUUGUUCGACGCCCGGUCCCCGUCGCUGCCAAUCCAGCAGCUGCCCAUCAGCGGCCAAAUAGAGUUCGACAUUGACCUGACAAAAGCGCGCUGGUAUGACUCUUGGAUAGCCUCGUCUCGUCGCGACUUCGUCGAUGUCCCGCAGUCCGUAACGCCAUCACGCGCGCAGUCCAUCUCCCAUUGGCGACACGACAGCCAGACCUCCAACAAUGAGCCCCUCGACGACCAGACGGACGCAGUUUCCGUGGCUCAGCAAACGACAGCGAAGGGUCGUAACAUCAAGAAGCUGUCUCUCUUGGACCGCUUUGACACGAUGUCUGUCAGGUCCGGCUCAAAGUUGGUGCCUAGGGAUGAGUCUCCGCCGAGCCAGUCUGGGAGGCAGCUCACAGCCCAAGCGCUCUCCCCCAUCGUCCAAGAGGAUGAGCCCCUGACGGCUAAGAAGGCAAUUGACAGCCGAGUGCAGUCCUGGCGUAUGAGCGCGACUGCGGCAGCCCGGAGUCCCCUGGCUUUCACCGGACAAACGAGCCUGGACCCUGUGAAUAUGCCCAACACCAUGACGGAUCUUCCCACCGCAAGCGCAUCGGAGUUCGAGCUCAACCUGGAUGACUAUACGUGGUCUGUCUCCUCCGUAGGACCUCCGGAUUAUGAUGUGGAGUCUCUGGAUUCCUGGGAGCGCACUCACUCGGUCCACCUCGAUCGCAGGGGCGAGGGUUCGGUGUGUCUCACGCCUUCUAUCUGCACAUCCUUCGGGCCCGACGACGACUUUGUGCCGUUUUCACCGGUGUCCUACAUAUCCCGUCUUCCGUCCCCGGACCUCGCAUGGCGUAUGCUUGAGGAUGUUCCCCCGACUCCGACCACUGCAACCAGUUGGGGUGCACCGCUUGAGUGGCCUCCUUCACCCGUUGCUUCAUCCUAUACUCCUUCGAUAGACAUCGCUCACAGAUUCCUGUCCAGUGCGCCUGUGACCCCUACAACUGCUACGUCGUGGGGCGCCCCCUCGUCCUAUCCUCCUUCUCCGGCCAUGAUUUCCCGCGUGCCCUCUCCCGACCUCGGCCACCGUGUUGCUACCAGUGUCCCGAGUUCUCCUAGGACCAGGAGCGCAGCUGACCCUCACUAUGCAUUGAGCGUGCCUUACUUGGAUGCAAGUGUCUACCGCUUCGCCGUCCCCUACUUUGAUGCGUCGCGUGAGCAGGUUGCAGGGCAUAGACAGGCAGAACGCAUGACCCGCUUCGUCUUCCCGCCCCCGAAGAAGGCGCGGCGUGUUGUCGAGGACGAGAAGCCUACUGCCUCGCCUGGCUACCCCACUCUAGACAUCUACCCGUCGGUCUACCCCACGUUCGACAUUUAUCCGGCUCUUCUGACUCUGGAUCAUCGCAAGCUCGGCACUCCUGCCGUCAGCCCCGGCGCGGCUUACCCCGCAUUCGAUCUUUACCCGGCUGUAUAUCCGUCGUUCAAUAUCUAUCCGGCUGUUGUCAGCUUGGUGACUUCAGAAGUCAAGGAGCUCCCCGCUCGUCUCUCGGCAUCGUACCCAAACAUCGUGAUCUAUCCUGCUGUUUAUCCACACUUGACUAUCUACCCUAUGGUAUCUCAGAACACUGUUGUCAGUAAUGCUGUAGACAAGCGCUCGGCUUCCGUUGUCCCUGUCCUCCUGCCUCUGUCAUCUGGUUAUCCGGAUUUCAAUAUCUAUCCCUCUGUUGGCUAUCCUUGGUCCGUGUACGAGAUUUACCCGAAGGUCGAUGCUCCUCCCACUGCUGCAGUUGCUUCGCUCCCUGGCAUACCUAUCCGCCUUCAAGCGACGUAUCCUGCUCUCGAGAUCUAUUCUCCUGUGUAUCCCUACAGCCUCGAGAGGAUCUACCCUUCGGUUGUUGCAAAGGACGUCCCCUUGGUGCGGUCUUUUGAUGUAUCAGUUGGCGUGGCAUUGCAGUACCCGGUCUUUACUAUCUAUCCUGCGGUGCUCGUCCGCAAUGUCCCUAAGACGACGCUCGACGCCACUAGCACAUUUGGGGAGAAGGUAUAUCCCGCGUUUAACAUUUAUCCGGCUGUCUACCCCUGGAGUGUGUACGAGAUCUACCCCGCCGUCCACAGGAGCAACGAUUUCAAGGAGAACACCGGCGUCUUGAAAUUGGCUGCCCAGUACCCCGCCUUUGACAUAUAUCCGUCUGUAUAUCCGUACAGCCUGGAGGUUAUCUACCCAACAGUUGCCUUGGAACGCAUCGUUUCCGGUCGGUCGGGCAUUCCGGUGGAGCUCGCAGCGGUGUACCCGAACGUUUGCCCUUACCCCCCGGUCUACCCGCAUUUCGCUAUCUACCCUGUGACUUCCUCGGCGGAGGGGUCAGUUAUCGAAGUCUCGCUGCGCGACACGCAACUUAUGAACUCGCAAUACCCCUACCUCGUCAUUUACCCGGCGGUAUACCCCUUCAUGGAGAUCUACCCGGGGUCUUGGGGUCCGCCUGCUCGAGCUUCUGCGUUGCUCCCGUCGCAGAACCAGGCUGUGCGGAGGAGGAAGCCGACUUACACCCACAUGGAGCUUCGUGCGCAAGUUGCUGCUCAACUUGCAUCCACGUCCGUGCCUCAACCGAGGAAGCCCAGAUACACUCACAUGGAGCUCCGCGCUCAAGUCCUUGCUGCCGCGGCACGGUCCUUUCCUCGUACACCGGCAAUUCUCCCCGCACGGACAGUUCCUGCCCCGGUCCCGGCAUUCCCACCUACGCGGGUACUCCCCCCUGCACCGGGUCCUCCCUCUGCCCGGGCCAUAUCGCCUAGGGUCGUCUCUCCCGUGCCUUCUACGUCGAUGUCGGUAUCACCCUCUGGUCCUAGAGUUGUAUCGCCUGCCGAAAGGUUCAUCUCACCAUCGCCAGCUGCGUACCCAACCCCCACCGCGACUCCUGCACCUGCAGCCCUAUCGAGCCCAGAAUCUGUACCUUCUCGUCCACGGCCCCCUCAGAUGGAACUUCGUGAAGACAACCACGCCCAAGAGCACAUUGAUAUCCCUGCGAUAGUCGCUGUUGAACCAAGUCCUGUCGCCUCUGACAUAGACCCCGGCUCUCCAGUAUUGUUCGAGAUGGUGACAGUUCCGACGUCUGCCCCAGUGAAAGCCCCAACGCCGUCGCCAUCUGAGCCGGCAGCUCCUGCAGCUCCCAUCCUUGUUCGUUCUCGCUCGCGCUCGGGUACCGUGAGCGCACGACCAGCUCCACCGUCCGGAGCACCCCGACCCCUGGGUGCUCGUCCUGUUUCCGUGGUCCAGCCGCCCUCGUCUGAGCUGCCCUCUGUCCCUUCCGCUCAGCGUUCUCUUAACCGUCUCUCCGGCCUCCCGGCCCAUCCCGCGGUCAAUCGACGCGUUUCAUCCUCAGUCGGUCCCAGGCCAAUGUCUACGUUAGGUCCGCUUCCCCCUCCGCCUCAGGCACCGCCAGCGGGCCCCAUCCCUCCGCCGCCGUUGGCUCGUCGGCAGAGCAUGAUGAGCCCUCUGCGCGAGGAACCGUCCCUCGUCAAGACGCGUUCACCUCAGCUUCCUUCACCACCUGAGGAGUGGCAGAUGGGCUUCCGAACACCCACGGAGACCAUUUCGCCAGUCUCGUCCUUAGCGAGUGGAAAUAGUGAUUUGAGCAGGUCAAAGACAAUGCCCACUCGCGCGGCGCCACGUGGUCCUAGGAGCAGCACGCUGAUUUCGGAGCGAGCGAAGGCGUUUGAUAACCCCAAUGUUGUACCGAGUCCAAACGGGGCGCUCAAGUUAAGCAUGGCGACGUUGGCCGAGUUCCCGGCUCCUCCUCCACCGCCUCUCCCCUCUUCUGCCAGCCCUAGCCGGACGCCGACGUCGGUCUCAAAGUUGGAUAGGUCAAAAUAUCCGUUUGCGUGAACUUGAUGUUCGUGACACAUACUGUCCGGUGCUUUUAGACGUUAGCGCACCUGUGUACUUAUGAGUAGUUUAUUAUAUUAUGUCUUUUCG